AGACUUGUCACUCAUCCAUGUGCCUGCUCCCUUAAAUUCAGUGGCGCUUCACAUUUUCCACUCUUGAUUUUGUGCUGAAAUACACAAACAGUGUUUUCUGUGUUGUUAUUAGGAUGGUUUUGUAAGUUUUGAAGAACAAGUGUGAGAGCUUGAUCUCUUGUUGUUUUGAAUGGCUCAAUCUCCUUUGAAUUCGAGGCGGCCUAGUGACAUCGCGGAGUCGAGCCAGAGAGAAUGGAAUCUGAGGGCACGGAUGAUCAGCCGCGAAAACACCAGAUCAAGAAGGUUUUCAGCUUCUUAUAUAGCAAGCUUGAGGGAGGAUUCCAGAUCUUUUAGAUCAAAUUUUAGCAUCUCUAGCACGGCGUCCUCCCCCGGAUACAACUUAAAAGAGGAAAUCGAUCCCUCCACGUAUUCCUUCACAAGUGCUCUUCGAGCAUUGCAGGCACGAUCGGUGAACACAUGGGAGUGUUUAUCACCGGAGGGUUUUGCGCUCAACUCCAAGUGGAAUGACGCGGAGAAAUAUAUAUGCAAUCCUCUCUCAGGAGAAGUUCCGAUGGAGUGUUUGUCAGCAAAAACACUUAGCGGAAGGUCUUUCAGAAACUUGACAAACAGAUUCACCAUGUCUGCUCCGCUUAUAUACCCUACUCACUCAAGAUUCAACCAAACCACAAAGCCUUGUUAUGAUCAAGAAGCUAAAAUUCACAAUAUAAUCAACGAAAUGAAGGCAGGAAACAUGUUUACUAGGGAUGUCGGAGUUCAGAGCACAUCACCGGAUUUCACCUCCAAUACCGGUACUUCCCCUUCCUCAAGCUCUCAAAUGGAGAAAAGCUGCCCCAAACUAAGCGCAGCAGGGGAGACAGAUUCUCCUAGUUCUAGUCGCAAAACAAAUUCCGAAACCGAAGAGGUUAAAGUGAAAGAAGCAGUAGACGAGAAGGAAGAAACAAAGACGACAGUGGUGUGUGAAAAGAUCACGGAGAAGAAGAGGAGCACUGGGUGCUUGCCAAUGAAGAGUUGUUUGUGGAGAAGAAAACAGGAGAAAGAGUAUAAACAUAUUCCCAGAAAGCAGAAGAAGAAUAUAUUCCCUUUACCUUGUUAGUUUCUGCAAUAAUAACGGAACGGAUGAUGCUAAAAAUAGCAGCAGGCAUGCCAGACAAUGUGUUUGAAUUUGAACACCCUAAUCAAUCAACUCUAUUAGGCUGUGUUUUCGACUUCUUGUACUCACAUUACAGGGUCUGAAACCAAUAAUGCCAUCCUUUUUCUUGUGUUUCA